AUGGCUAAUAAGGAUAAGAGUCUCUGCUGUGAGUGUAAUAAGGUUUGUACAGCUGAUAAUUUAUGCUGCAUUACAUAUAGGGUGUUCUGCCACCCAAAAUGUGGUGGAAUAACAGAAGAUUUAUUUAAAAAAAUAGCCAAAAUAUCCAAUUUUAUAUGGAGUCAUAGUAAUUGUUUGAGUGUGAGUACAAGUAAUUUGGAAUAUGCUAGAAGUUUUGGUGACAUUAAAGAAAAACAAGAGGCGAUGGAUGCAAAAUUGACAGUCUUACAGGAGGGGUACAAUAAAUUAUUAGAAACCAUCAAGGUUAUGAAUGUUUCAAUUAAAAAUACAGAAACUAAUUCAGAUGGUCUUGUUACAGAGUGUGAUAUAACAAAAUAUCACAGGUUAAAGAGCUCUGGAGAUAGACGAAGGCCUGUUUUAAUUAAAUUCAAUGAUAGAAGUAAAAAAAAUUUGAUAAUGGAGAAUUUGUGUAAGAUAAAGUACUUAGAAACUGAGUUAACUAAAAUAGGUGUAUCCCAUGAUUUGAAUAAAGAACAUGGGGAAGAGAGGAAAAAGCUUGUAGAGGAAGCAAAAGAAAAACAGAAGAAUAAUCAGAAUAAUAAUAAAGAAUAA